ACACUCUCCCCCCUAUAAAGAUCUGGAUGCCACAAAACCUUCCGCGCCGCCGCCAUCUCGGAGCAUAGUAGCACGCCGCCCCCCGGUCGGCCCCCCCGACCAGCGACCUCGGCAGCUCCGGCGAAGAUGGGUGCCUUCAGGUUCCACCAGUACCAGGUAGUGGGGAGGGGCCUGCCGACGCCGACCGACGAGCACCCCAAGAUCUACCGCAUGAAGCUCUGGGCCACGAACGAGGUCCGCGCCAAGUCCAAGUUCUGGUACUUUCUCCGCAAGCUGAAGAAGGUGAAGAAGAGCAACGGGCAGAUCCUUGCCAUCAAUGAGAUUUUUGAGAAGAACCCAACCACUAUCAAGAACUAUGGCAUCUGGCUGCGUUACCAGAGCAGGACUGGUUACCACAACAUGUACAAGGAGUACCGUGAUACCACCCUCAAUGGUGCCGUUGAGCAGAUGUACACUGAGAUGGCUUCUCGCCACCGUGUCAGAUUCCCUUGCAUUCAGAUUAUCAAGACUGCCACUGUCCACUUUAAACUCUGCAAGCGUGACAACACUAAACAGUUCCACAAGUCAGAUAUCAAGUUCCCACUGGUGUACAGGAAGGUCAGGCCCCCAACCAGGAAGCUGAAGACAACCUUCAAAGCAUCAAGGCCAAACUUGUUUAUGUGAUCAAAGUUGCCCUGCCAUGUUCUGUAAGAUCUGCCAGUAUGGUGUAGUACUAGUUCAGAUGAAUCUUAAUAUCUUAUCCAUAUGAGGCGUAUUGUUUUAAAAGUUAUCCUUUUCUGUUGCUUUGUGAUCAUCUGAUGCCCUAUACUGAUAAUUGCCUGUUCUGCUGAUAUUAAUUUACUGAAAUAUCUAAAAGGUUGUUUGCUCA